AUGGGAUUUGGAGAAAAAUGGAGGAAAUGGAUAGAUUGUUGUGUGGAGUUUGCCAGAUUUUCUGUGCUUGUGAAUGGCAGUGCAACUGGUUAUUUUAAUAAUGGAAAAGGCAUAAGGAAAGGUGAUCCCAUUUCACCUUUUUUGGUUCUCUUAGUGGGUGAAGCUCUUACUUACAUGAUUACAAAAUAUCAAGAGGAAGGACUUCUUUCUGGUUUUCAAUCUAAUGAAGGUGGGUUAAAAAUUAAUUUUGCUAAAAGCCAAAUUUUUGGUGUUGGUUAUGAGGGAGAUUUAUCUGUUUUUUCUUCUCUUUUAGGCUGCUACUGUGGUGUUCUGCCUACUUCUUAUCUGGGUUUGCCUUUAGGUGACAAGUGUGGAGGAAUUGCUAAAUGGGACAGAAUUAUUGAGAAGUUUAUUGCUAAGCUGGCUGGUUGA